GGGGAGCGGAUCCUGUGACCGCCGCGGCGCCCCCGCCCCCGCUCCGCGCGCCUCCAGAAUCCCCGGCGGAGGGGACCGCGCAGGCGGCACGGAUGCUCUCGACUCGGCCUGGGCGGCGGGGCCCGAGGUCUCAGGCACACGCCCCGCUCCCCGCUCCGCGCUCCGCCGCUGCCUGCCGCCGCGCCCGGGCCCGCGCUCCCCGCUGAGCGCCGAGCUGGCGCGGACACGGAGGCCGCACGUGUCCUGCCCUCCGGAGCCCUCAGGCCGGGCUGGCUGGGCCGGGCGGAGGGGCGGGCCAGCGGGGGUCGGGGGAGCCGCAGGGCGGCGAGAGGGAGGUGGUUCCUGACCCCCGCCGGCUGAAUUUCGUGCGCCCCGGCCCUUGUCGCCGGUAGGUGUCGGAAGGCCUGGCUUGUCACCGCCGCCGGGCCGUGUCCGGGGCAGCCCGCUCCUGCCCUGCUGCCCGGGGCUGCCCGUGCCGUGCGCCGGGGGAGGCUGCGCCGGCAUCAGCCUGCACGGUGCGGGUGGAAGGCUGAGCCUGCAGAGCAAGUCCGGAGGUCCCAGACAUCGCCAGACCCCCUCGGCAGCUUGUGGCCUUUGCCCCGGGAGGGACGGGGUGGCUGGUAACAGAGUGACAGGCCCACUGCCUACCCUCUGAGGGGCUCUUGGGAGCCUGAGAGAGCCUGGAGCCCUGGUGUAACAUCAGAGCCCUCGGGACCCGAAACAGAGCGCAUUGCUGGGCCUCCCGAGAUGACCGGGUUCUGUGGCUCUCGGAGUCUGGGCUUGGAGUCCGCCGAGGCAGCCGUGUCUGGGCGGGGCGCUGUGGCCUGGUGAGCCGACGGUUUGGGUAAACUCCGGAGGGGGCUGUCUGUUGACUGGGUACUGUCAGGGUGAGAGAAACAGCCCUCAGAUGCCGCCUGACCCCGGCCUUGCUGGCCCGCACCUUUGCCUGGGUCUGGCUGCGGUGCGUGCACCCAGCGUGAAGCCCUGACCCCCUCUGCCCCAGUGUGGGUGGGAUGGGCUGGGGGCCCCAGGAAGGCGGUGGAGGGGGCCUCCAGCGGCUCUGAGCUGGUGGGCAGAGCUGAGCGAGCAGCCCUGCUCACACAGGGGCCGCCGCUGGGGGCCUGCCCCCUGCUGGGCCAGCUCCUUGGGCUGUGCCUGCCCUUCGGGGCCUGUAUGGAGCUGCGGCUCCUCCAGGAGGCCCUCUGUGCUCUCCCCGCCCGCUGUGUGGCUCUGGGCAAGGUUUCACCUGGUGGUCUUUAUUUCCUCUCCAGGGAAAGCAGGCCUGGGUGUGGUACUGUGAGAGCACAGAGCAGAGUGGGUGCUCGGGGGUGGGCCCCCCUUCCCUGGGCAGGGCUGGGUGUGCGUGCCAGGGGCUCUGGCCCCGGGAGAGGGCCCCCACUGUGAGUUGAGGUGGGAGACUUGAGCUGCACAGAAGCUGACAUGGGGGCGGGGAGGUGAGAGCCUUACAUGUCUGCCCAGAGCCAGUAGAAGCUGCUGCAGAGUUUCACUUCCUUGGGUUUCGUGGGCUCCUUCCACACUUGGCAUGUUUCAGGGCCAUGGCCUGGAGUGGCAAGUGUGGCCCAUCUUCUAGGAGGAGAGGGCCCUGGGCCUGGCUCAGCUGCCCUCCACAGGACACAGAGCAGGGCCCCUGCGCUGGCUCAGGCUGGGGCACCGUCGUUGGGUCAAGGCUCGGCAAGCCAAGCCCUGCCCCGCCUUCCCUUCUCCAUCUGCUCCAGGUUUGUCCAAGUUUGUUGUUCGGAGCCGGCGGUGGUGGCCAGGACCUGUGGAGGUGUCCCUGUGACUGCUCAGUUCCCGUUGGAACUGGCCAUUGGCAGGGCCAGGGAUGGGACAGGGGUCCGGGAUCUCAAGAGCCUGGCUGGCUGGUGGGGUGGUGUCCCCUUGGGGAUCAGCUUCAAGACGUUUGUCCCGAUGCUCAGUAGGCAGGUGGAUUUCGUGACAGGGUUGGGGGAGAGGGCUCGUCCGUCCCCAAAUCUUCCCUGUUUGUGACGUUUACAUUUUAUAAGACAUGGUUCCACCCUUCACUGUCUCUUUCUCUCUUCCUCCCUCUCCCAUUCAGGCCCAUUUGUCACUUGCUCCCCCGACCUGCUCUCUCUGGAAUGAUCCAGCCAUCUUUGGGUCAGGGGGACACCUUCUGCACCAUCCUGUUGCUGGGCAGGUCACUGGGAGUCUGGUCCUCCGUCUCUGCUGCCUGUGUGUGUGGCCUGCCCAUCAGCCUCUUGGAGCCUCAGCUGUCCAUCAGUAAAGUGGACACACCUGCUGGCUCUUCCAGGGCGCUGGGGAAGGCCGCCUGUUUUGUCAUAGGAGUGUGUCUACCAGAUGGCCCCUCUUUGACGGUGUGCCCUCUGCUCCUGGGCCCGUCGACCAUCAUGAUCCAUGACGUGUGCCCAGCCUUCCUGGCCCCGGCAAAGGCUGCUGUGUCCGUCUUGGACAUCCAGGAGCCAUAGGUCCCCGUGGUGGACAAGGGUCCGGGUCAGCUUCCUGAUAUGGCUCCCUCUGCUGAUUCGUAGAAACCAGGAAGAUGAAGUGGCUGUGGGAGAUAUUUUCCCUGUGUCCUCCGCUCUUUCUCCUGGUUUCUGCAUCCCCCACCGCCUUCAAGUUGCCGCGAGCUGGUGCUGCUCUCUCUCACCGGGUGGUCCUGUGUGCACAAUGCAGAACAACCUGUGAGGUUGGACUUCUUCACUCCAGUCCACAUCAGCCAAGCUCGGCUAUUGUUCUUUAAGAGUGGGGAGCGUGAUUUAUGCAUCUAAGUAUCCCCAAGGACCUUGUAUACAGUAGGCACUUAAUGGACUUUCGUUUGUUGAUUGGCUGAUAGUCUGGAGGUCAACUCAGGUGACAUUUGCCCGAUUCCCAGGGCUGUGGGUCUGAGGUGGAGAUUGGGAAGACGGUCAAGGCAUGUGUCCCUGUGCUGGACUUUCCCAAGCAGCCUUUCCUGGCCAAAUACUGCACCUUCAUGGGCCUGAAGAUCCGAGCAGCCUCCCAGACUGUCAGGUUGAUACCCAGGAAAGUGAUGCUGGUUAUCGGGGCCAUGAUGCAGAUCACCGCCGUGGGUGGUCCCCAGCCUCAGUCCAGCCUCUUCUUCUCCAUCAGCAAAGGGAGCGUUGCGGUGGUGAAGGGGCGCGAGCUGGUGUGGGGGCUCACCGUCAGCAACGACGCCGUGUUGGGGGUUGUGCAAGCUGUGGACACUAGGACCAGCGAGCUCGUCAUCGUGUCUCAGGCAGCAGGCGUGAACUCCACUGCAGGCAGUGCUUUCCAAAUCCGCCCUGGACACAGGGCCCUCUGGUGAUGGGCGCACUGGUGAGUUGGGCCCCGGUGACGGGGAGGACGCCCUGUUUAGGGGGUUUGGGCUCUGCUCCUGAGAACCACCCUUUCUGAGGGUCCUGUUCCUGCCCUCUGCGUGCACAGCCCUUGCCUGUCACCCCUGCCUGGGAGGCCCUGCCGGCUGGGGGCACCCACACCCCUCAGGCUGCUCCUACCCACACUGAGUCUCGCCAGCUGCUCCUUAAGGGGCAGGUCUCCAGGUCCCCGCCCCGGGGACACCCAGUGCACGAUGGUGGCAGUGGCUGUGAUGGUGGACUCUGCACGGGGCGCUUUACACUCCCCUCCUCUGGUCCUUGGCACCCUCGUGCAUUUUGCUGCUGUCCCUGUUUGCAGAUGAGGGGCCUAAGGAGCCGGCUGGUGGCCCACGGCCACUGCAUAGCAGUUCCAGGACUCAACCUGGGACAGCCAACGUCAGGCUCCUAGCCAUUUGUUCAGAUAGAAGAGAAGCAAUGCCACCAGCUCUGACACACUGUGGACUGCAGUGUGUUUCCAGAGCCGUGUGCUGGCUUAGCUGCUGUAAGCGUGCGUAGUCAGACACCAACAGUGUUUCAGACCUGGAUUUGUGUUUCCAGGAGAUAAAGAAAGCCUGGGUCGUCCACUAAUGUCUUUUGCUCCACCGGAGGUGCAGUUAACCCCUGAGACCCUUCUCCCCAGGGAGGAAUAGUCCCUAAUUUCUUCUCUGGGUUGGCAGAGAUGCUAGAAGGCUGAGUUAGGGGUGUCCUCAACUCAGGAGCACCUUCCUGCCCCGUGUUGGGGGCACUGACUCUGAGCAGGUGGAAGUUGGUGUUUCCGAGUCUGGUGGUUUCCCAUCUUUCCCAGGGUGUGGGUACAGCUUCAGACCUCUGGAAAACAGAUGGGAGGUGGCUUCCGCCUCUGGAGAAGGUCUCAGGCGCACGGAUUCUCCCUGACACCCUUUGCCUGCGGUGACUUGCAGAGCAUCUCGGGGGCCGCUUUGUGCUCAAGGCUAUGCUGGAAACCCGGGCUCUAGGAAGAGCGUUUGUUUUGUGUAACAAGCUGUGGACAAGCACCUUUAAGAACCUGGUCAUCCCGUUCCUCCUUGGGAAUCGGGCCCCCUGAAUGCAGUCCACGAGCUCCCCCGAGUUGGGCUCAUCUAAACACAGUGCCCCAGGGGAGCUGGCGUGGGCCUCUGAUCUGACACUGAGCUCGCUGGCUUACUCCCUUUCCUGCAGUUGCAGUGUCUCUCAAGUACCACAGUUAAACCACAGAGUCCUUUUGCCUCGCGGGGGUGGAUGCCCUGGUUCUGCCUGUCGAUUUUAUAAAGACAGGAAAGCAUUGGAAUGAUAAAGUCUGUCCUGUGACAUACAGCAGGCUUCAGACAGACGUCCUGGAGAGGAAAAGGAAGGACCAGGGUGGCCCCGCUUUUCUCUCUCUCUAAAGAAAGGAUUGUGGCUUUAGGAACUGCCUCAUUUUUCUCCUCCUGGGUGCCCGGGUGGCUGAAACAGCAACUGGCUGGAAAUUCAGCUAGAAGGGCGCCCAGCCGUGCGUUUCCCUCCCGGCCAUCACUCCUGCUGGGUCUCACCUUGCUGGGCCACCUCCUUCUCUGCAUUCCCCGUCUGGCAGGUUGGCAGAUGGGCUGGGAGAAGGCCCUGGUGCCCCUUGGCAGAUGGAGAGGCUGCGCCACCAGCUCUGUCUGAAAGGCAUCUCCUUGAGCCCAAGGAGGUGGGGGCUUAGCCUGAAGCCCACAUGUCCACAAAGGAUACGUGAUUCUGGUCAGAAGCUUCCAGUUCCAUCUGUCCAAGAAGCAGCCCCCAAGGCCGAGGAAGGGGCCAGGACUGGCAGGAGGAGGCUGAGCAGUGAGAAGGACAGAGGGAAGGAAGGGAACGAAUACUUAUUGAGCCUACUAUGUGCCAGGUGUUAGCCCAGGUCACAAGGCAUAGGAAUCAGGAAUUGGGCUCAGCACAAGCACUUGUGAAAAGGGUUCUAGUAGCCUGGAUUCAGCAUGAGUCAAGAGUCCUAUGAAGAAGCCAGUAAACUUAGUCUUUGGCCAGAUUAUUAGGAAUAUAGAGUUCAGAGUGAAGGAGGACAUAAGAUCUGCUCUAAUCAGAUUCUACCUGCCUCCUGCAUUCAUCCCUAUACUCUGCUCAGUCAGAGAGAUUGACAAGCUAGAUUUGGAGUUGGGAGGGUCUGGAGACCUAUCCUGUGAGGGCUGUCCAGCCUAGAGAAGAACAGUCCCCCAUCACUGCCCCGAAGUCCCUGCAGUGCUCACCUGGAGCAUCUGGAUCAGACAGGUCUAUGGGCUCGGAAGACCAGGCUGGGAUGUCCAGAGGGAAGGGAGGACGGUGGCCAGAUCCCUGUGGGGUGAGCCACCCACAAAGCCAGGCAGCUCCCGGCAGAGAAGCAUCAUGCCGGACACCCUGUGGGUGCCUUCUGGCCAUGUGAUUCUGAGCUGGCCUCGGCAGGAGCCUCCUUCCUUGGAAGGGUCCCUUCCUGAAACACCCGACCCAGCACAUGGCCCUACACCCCGCUGGCCUGAGCCCCGAAGCCCUUUUCCUAGGAUCUCUGGAGGUGGAGGUGCUGCUGCCCCAGGCGGUGAGGAUCCGUGCCCCCAUCACUCGGACAAGGAUGGGGACCCAGCUGAGGCGGGGCCCUCUCCAGCCCCUCCCAUCCCGCUGUCUGGGCAGCCUCUUGGCAGGUCUGGGGCUCUGAGUUCUGGUUCAGGAAGACCUUGGGGAGCCACUGCUAGGACGCUGUGCCUGCUCCAUUCCCCUGCAUCUGCUGAGCCUGCAUGUCCGCGGGGCUCGGCUUCCCCUCCCGGAGGGCCUGCCUGCAGUCCUGCUCCAGAGCGCAGCGUCUCCGUUAGUCUCCCUUACGGGCACCUGUCCCCUCCCAGUGCCGUGUGGUGCAGCUCCUGAGCGAUGCCCACGUCUUCCCACGCCUCGUGCACCUGUCCCCUCCCAGAGCUGUGUGGCGCAGCUCCUGAGCGAUGCCCGCGUCUUCCCACACCUCGAGCACCUGUCCCCUCCCAGUGCUGUGUGGCACAGCUACUGAGCGACACCCGCAUGUUCCCACACCUCGUGCACCUGUCCCCUCCCAGUGCUGUGUGGCACAGCUACUGAGUGACAUCUGCACGUUCCCACGCCUCGUGCACCUGUCCCCUCCCGUGUCAUGUGGUGCAGCUCCUGAGCGAAGCCCGCGUCUUCGGACGCCUACAGCAGCCCCGGCCCGGGACAGGAGCGAACGUGUGCACAGUAUGUCUCUGCUGAGUGCUCUCUGUGCGUUAAUUCAUUUGCUCUUCCUACCCUCCCCGUGAGGUAGCUGCCAGGGCCGUCUCCAUAUCACCGGUGAGGAAAUGAACUCGAGAACGCUGAGGCGUCUGCCCAGUGCCACGCGGCUGGUCAGUGAGGGAACCGGGAGUCCGCGCAGGCAGCCUGGCUCCGAGUCUGCUUCCCUCUGGCUGUGUCGCCUCCCGGUGGCCUCUAGUAGGCACUCAGUCAACCUGGUUGAAGGAGACCAUGAGUCCCACGCAUGCCCAUCCCAUGUGAGCAGGGACCCCCUGCUAGAUGGAGAGAGGAGCAGAGCAGCGCUGCAGGCAGGGGGCGCUGUGCUGCCAGGGGCUGCCGGCCUCCCAGCGCUCCAGGCGUCACGUGAGGAAUGGGACAACUCUCGGCCAAGGUGGACCCAGCCCGCAGCCCAAGACAGACGGGGUGGGAGGGUGGACAUCCUUCACAGCCAAGAAGGACAGAGUGGGAGGGUGGACAUAGUUCACGGCCAAGAAGGACGGGGUGGGAGGGUGGACAUAGUUCAUGGCCAAGAAGGACGGGUGGGGAGGGACUGCUUCUGUCUUUUGUUUGAUUGGUGGCUCUUUCAUCGCACCUCCCGCACCUGUGUGGUGCCGUCUCUGUCAGGGAAGAACUGGGCACGGCUCCCACUGCAUGGAGGAGACAGGAACGUCCCAGGCAGUGGAGAGGCGGUACAGCUGGUGCCCAGGGCUUCGGGGGCACUCCUGGCAGUGAGACCCUGGGGGUCAUGGGGCCUGGCCCCUCCCCCACAGGUGCCCGUUGACAUCGCCAGGAUCAUCAGCAACCAGAACCCUUUCUCUUUUGGCAAUGCCGUGCCAGGCCUGACCUUCCGUGGUCCAUCACCAAGUGGGACAUCCUGGACAUCCAGGAGUGGCACCAUGAGGCUGAUCGGGGCUCCUUCUUCCAGUCGCUGCCACCAUGUUCUCCACACCCCAGCGUCCUUCCUUGACUCUCCGUCCUGCUGGGGUCCAGGAAUGUGGGCUCCCAGCCAUCAGCCUGGCCCGUCCGCAGCCCUUUCGUUUCCAGCACGUUCCUGCUGACCAACACAGAGGGCCUCAGUGGGCGACCCUCCUAACAGAAGGCAGCAAGAUGACGGCCUUGCGAGGAAGUCACAAAAGUGCCAUUAUGUUCCGGGGUCUUGGUCGGGGUCCCUGCUCUGUUAGCUUCUGACCCCUUUCUGAGGCGAUGGCUGGCAGCUGGGGGUUUCCUCCCAUAGGCUGCGCUCCCCUCCCCUUAGCCCUCCUUAGGGGGACCCGGCCCCUCCCAGAUCUCAAGGCUGGAAGGUGCUGGAGAGAACUUCCUAAUCCUCCUGUGUUAACCGAGCCCAUCCAUGGGCAGGGACUGCCUGGGUCACCCAGCGAGCCAGUGGGGAAACGGGACGGGGCGCUGACUCCAGGCUGCAACCCCAGGUCACGCGGGACACAAGUGGGGCUGGUUCUGGGAGGUUUCUUCUCGCCUUAUCCAUGGACAGUGUGGGGGGCGAUGGGCGCGGGGCAGGCACUGGCAUGGGUUGUCCUGGAGGCUGCCUAAUGCUUCUCUAGUAGGACGGAUGCACACCCCCCCACCUGGUGGGGCCAGGGUCCUGUCCCCAGUGCCGGGGGCUUCCCCAGACUGCUCCUGUGGUACUCAGGCAGUGUGACCUAUUCAUAGACACCCCAUAUCAGGGGGGCUCUGCAGGAACCACCACCAAGCCUGGCGUCCCCUUAGUGAUUCAUAACCCACGUCUGCAACUAAAGGCUCUGAGAAGUCCUGCCGGAGAAUGCCAGCUCGUGUGGGUUGGCUCACAUUUUCCAAGUGCGCCUGUGACCAUUGUGAAACUCAGGGGGGCAUGCUGCACUGUGCGGGGGUGACUGGGCUGCCCACCCUGGGGUGACAGGCCCUGAGCAGGGUGGGGAGGCAGCAGCCUUUGAGGUCAGGCAGGCAGCUGUUGGGGGUUGGGGGCUCCUGCCCGGCUCUGCCCUUCGGAGGGUACUGGGCCCUGGGGCUCUCCCUGAAGAAUGUUCCUCUGUCCCAGGCAUCACUCCGGCUCUCGUCACAGUGCGACUUUGCCAUAAACAUGCAUGGCCGGGUGAAAGGCCAGACUAGGCUGAGAGUGGCGGUCAAGGCCGUGGACCCCGUGGCAGGGCAGCUGCGUGGCCUCACAGAGAGCUCUCUGAUGAGAGAUGAUCCAAGUCCAGGGCUUAGCAGCAACUGCUUUUCCUGUACCUGGAAUAGCGGGCUCCUGAGCGCGGACAUGGCGCCACUCAUCAGGCCACGCUGAGGCGGCAUCCCACGUGCCACACCUAGAAGGACCCACAACUAAAAAUAUACAACUACGU